CCCCACCGAUCGACGUCAUCAACUGAAUUUGUUCCUAUUCCCAAAACUGGCAAUCGCCCCGCUCUUGCGUUCACGACGAUUGGUUCACACCUACUGCGACGAAUUCCAGUCCGUUUCCCAAACCGGCCGAGUCCGUUCCUAUUUUCCAGCUUUCGAGAGUCAAUGGCCCGGACCCCGGCAGAUCUUGUCACGCCCGUGCCGAGUUCGCGACGCCGUCUCAGCGAACAUGAAUGCAGCAACGAGGCACUGGCGCCCAUGUCCCUGAGCCAUCUCAAAGCGAGCGAGAUCAUCCAGAGAGUCCAUGGCGAUGCAAACAACCUGCUUCGCAACAUUCAAGGCCUGCUUCGAUACAGCAGAGCAGCCACCAGUGCCACCACGUAUGAUGGCGGCCGUCAUGUGCCAGGCGCCCUGCUAGGCAACCCAAAGCUGCUGCACGCCCAAAAGAUUUUCCAGCACAUUACCGGAGAUAUGGCGGAGUUGGUAGCCAUCUCUCAGAAGUCAAAGGAGGCGGCCCUGCUACGAGUGAGACGCCCCAGCCAUUUGCGCAAGAUCCGUCGCAAGCAACAACACGGGGCGGCCGAGUAUCUCAUGGACCGUCAGUCAAAUCAAAAACAGAGCAUGCCAGAUCCCUCCGUCUGCCACAACUGCCAUGCCACCUGUACACCGCAGUGGCGUAGCGGACCCGCCGGGCCGCGCACUCUCUGCAAUGUCUGCGGCCUGAUUCAUGCCAUGAGGCAGCGGAAGCAGGGGCUCAGGCACAGCAACCGAGUCUCGGCGUCCUCUUCGCUGUCGUUUUCUUCUUGA